UUAUGUGGUGAAUGGGAAAUGUACUGGACCAUAUUCACCGGAGAGAAACCAAAACACCAUAUCUUGUUGUUUUCUUCCCGUGCACGAAGCAAAGCUUAGCACAGUCCUCGGACAGGGCAUAGCGACCCGUAAACAUUUCGUAAACUCUGUGGAAAGUGACCCGUGAACCUAUCCUUCAUUAAACCCCCUUAGAUCCCGCUCCGUCCUUCUGGGUACCCUUUCCAAUUCUUCUUUUUUUUCUUUGUUUCCAUCUUCGGAAACCUCGAAAAAGUCAAAGCCUUUUCUCUCUUCUCCAGCUCCACACUCUAAAUCUUUCGUCCCUGCUCAUGGUUUAAAGCUAGUCUCUUGAGGUUGGGAACAUUGCUCUUCGAUUCCUUCUUCGUGCAAUUGUAUUUUCCAUGUGAUAAAUUUAUCAACCAUAAGUGAUAGUGGGAAGGAAAGAACCAGAACUGUUCAAUUUCCCCUAAAUUCCAACCUUUCUCUCGUUUAUAUAUUGAAUACUUUCCUCUAAUGUGUUAAUUCGUGGGUCAAUCUUUGGGUAACUAGCUGAAAGAGGAUUUUUAGGUUUGGGCUUGACGAAUGAGGAUUUUUAGGUUUGGGCUUGACGAAUUAUCUAUCUUCUUUUGGGAUGUAAAUGUUUGUGAUGUACGUUUAUACUCGUUGAGUGUGCUUGCUCUCUAUUUUUCACAUAUUUAUUUCAGCAUAUGUUUGUUAGAAUUGGUGUAUAUUCAAGGUAGGUUUCUUUCUUAACGUUUUUAUUGGUUUUAGAACAUCCCAAUUGAGCAAGGUGGUGAGCCUGCACGUUUAGUGACAUUCAUGAAAAAUGAUAGUUUCCUCGGAGAUAUGCUGACUUUGAGGUUAACCUCACCAUAUUCUUUUUCUAGUCUAUUUAUAUGCAGCUUAAUUUAAUAGUAAAUUUUCUUUUCCUAGCAUGGCUUAUUUCAGAGUUGCAGUCUCCAUGUAGACUUCCAACAGUUUAAAAUUGCAUCUCUUUCAGUAGAGAAGAGAUGAUAAUAAGAUGAUAUAGAUGGGUUUUUAAUCUUUAGAAGGUUAAGCUGGUUUAGCUGAUAUCAUCAGUUUUUGAGUCUAGUCCAAUUAGCCUUUUGCCCAACUCUGUUUUUUCUUGUGAGUUCCAAUUAAGUUUGAGAACUUAGGUUGGUGACUAUGUUGCGAAUCUAUUAUAAUUCAUUCAAUCUUGCAUCAAAACUAAAGCCGAAGUGCUGUUGGAUAAUUUUUUGCUUUGUUGGAGAGACUCAUGACAACAUCAGUUGCAUCGGUUGAGGGUAUGGCAACAUUGAGCACUGAUCUUUUCUAUGAUAUUUUGAGGCGUCUUGAUGGACCGACAUUGGCUAGUGCUGCAUGUGCUUGUGCAGCAUUCUCUUCCAUCUCAAAAGAAGAGAUGUUAUGGGAAAAUGUAUGUUCAUCUAUGUGGCCUUCAACCAAUAGGGACGACGUCAAAAGUUUAAUUUCAUCUAUUGGUGGGUUUAGAAAGUUCUAUGCAGAUUGUUUUCCCCUUAUUGUAAACAAGGAAGUUUCUGAAUAUCAAUGGAAUAACUAUCGGGAGUAUCCUGAAGAAUGGACUGAGGCUGAAUACUAUGGUGACACAGAGGAGUUUGAAAGUAUAUCACCAUCGGAUUUUGUUUCUAUUGUCGAUAUCAGGUAUAAAGAUAAAACAAUCUGCUCCAAAGUUCUUUGGGGAAUUCCAAAUGCAAAUGGCUUCAAUGGAUGGUUUUACAACUGCCCAUUUCGGAUUGAUCUUCUCACUUAUGCAGCUAGAGAUGAUGAUGAUGAUGGUGAAGUUAUCCUUUCAGUAUCUGAUGGUUUGCCACCAAUUGCAAGCAUGGAGAGAGAAAGGAAAGAUGGGAAGUUAUGGCAGGAGCUCCGUGAUGGACUUUGCCUUAGUUGGAUUGUUGUAAACAGAAAAAUAAAGCAAGCUGCUAAUCUCGCUAGCUGGAGCCCUCUUGGUGGGCAGAGACAUUGGCCUACAGACAGAGAUUUUGUGAUUCGCUUUGGAUCUAUUCUUCCUGCCAGAGACAUCCUUCCAUGUCAGGUAGUAGAAUGCAUUCUCAGUAUGAAGUUCAGAGUGAUUCACACAGAAGGAGAGGGUGUCCAGACAACUCUUAAGCUAACGGAGCUAAGCAUGCAGUUGGAAGACAUGGAAGGUUCUCAUGUUAAUGGAAGAAACAGUUUGCUUAUUCUUAAGGAGGCACUAAGCUGCCAUCGGAGCAAAAACUACAGCGAAGUGCUCGAAUCCUGUCAUUUGUACUCAAAGGUGCAGACCGAGUUAAAAGAGGAGAAGAUGAGAAAUGAAAGCCGGUUAGACAGACUCUGUAUCUUAAGUGGAAUUGCUGCAUUCAUAACGUUUUGUUACUAUGUUUUGUGAAAGUGUCUCUAUUUCAGUUUAACACUGCUUAAACAGAGCUAGCAAACUUUCCAUGUUUGUGCUCUUCCAAUGUAAAAUUCAGUUUUGUUUUAACUAAUAAAUUUUGUUUUUUUUCCUUUUUAA